CCCUUUCCACGGUGACUUACACCCCUAUAGCCGGUGUUCAACGCCUCUCACGCCCAAAAUCCUCCACGUUGGCUGAGGUGUUGUUCUGUAACGCAUAGCCUAAGGAAGUUUACAAAGUUAAUGUUGUAUACCUCUGGAGGAACAUGGGCAAAGGCUCCAAGUGUUCAUGACAUUCUCAUUUAUAACACUGGCCACCUGUAUUAUUAAAUUCCUCCUAGAAAUAAGACAUACCAGAAGCUUUGCUUUUACAAAUGAUCCUUUGCUUUUGAUAGAAGAUGCAGAGCUUUUGUUUGGAUACUGGCUAUCCUUAUAUGUUGUAUGUAUGCCCCUUCCAAAAUUUGAUCCUUUAGAAUCUCUAACAGCAAAAUGGUAAUAUCAGAAUUUCCUUGUAUUCUUAUUAUGCAUGUUGUGUAGUAUAGGAUCUCGUUUAUUUUAAUAGUUUAUUACCUUUUUAUUGAGGUGAUAUUGUUUCUGUUUUUGCUGUAGAAAAUCACGGGGUUUGUUAGGCGCGUGUCUUCUUUAAAUGGCUGUCCCUUUUCAUUGUUCAAGUAACACAGAAACCUUAUUUUUCUCCAUAUCAAAUCAUACGAUUUCUAUAUGGUAUCAGAGCAGGCUCUCAACCUGCUCGAUCCAUCCUAAAACUUCAACCCUAUUCUUCUUAUCUCUGCUGUUUCUGCCAUGUCGGAACAAGGAGACAAGAUUAACCAGAAUACCAAACCCAGCAAUGAAUCCAUCGAUCAUACUUCUCCAUUCUACCUACACCCAUCCGAUCUGCCCAGACAAGUCCACGUGAAUGAUGUUCUCAGCGACAGUAAUUACCUGGACUGGUUCCAGGAGAUGGAAAAUUUUCUGUUCGCUAAGAAUAAAAUCGGAUUUGUCGAUGGAAAGAUCCGAAAACCAGAAAAGACGGACCCGAAUCACACAGCAUGGUUACGAUGUGACGCCAUGAUAAAGGGGUGGCUGACGGCGGCUAUGGAGAAGGAGAUUAGGAUUAGUGUGAAAUACGCUAAUACUGCUCAAGAAAUAUGGAGCGACCUCCGUGAACGUUUCGGCAAAGAAAGCGCGCCGAGGGCUUACGAAUUAAAACAACUCCUUACAACAACAAAGCAAGACAACACCUCUGUUUCCACAUAUUAUACCCGGUUAAGAACUCUAUAGGACGAGAUGAGUUCGGUCUUCUCCGUACCGACUUGUACCUGUGCCGGUUGCACUUGUGGAGUAAAUAAGAAACUGAUGGACUCCAAAGAUAAGGAAAGGUUAUAUGAAUUCCUACUUGGCCUUGACAGUGAGUUUGCAACCAUUAGAACUCAAAUUCUCGCAAUAAAGCCGACUCCCACCUUGGGAGAGGCAUACCGACUAGUUUCGGAAGACGAGCAACAACGAGCCAUAUCCAUGGGGAGGAAGACAAACGUUGAUUCCGCUGCGUUCCAAACCCAAAUAAAGAAGACCGGUUCAUCUCAAAAGCAAUCUGUUAAUCGGAACAAAGAAAAGGAGAAGGUUGGAAAGGAAGUUAAUGAACAUUGUACCUUUUGUGACAAAGACGGACAUAAGCGCGAGGGUUGUUUCAAACUGGUUGGGUACCCGGAAUGGUGGCCCGGAAAGAAAGGUGAAAAAAUAAAGGCUAAGGCAGCUUGUGUCGAGGGUGAAACGAGUCCGAUUCCAGGUCUGAGCCACGAAGAUUAUCAAGUCUUCUUAAAACACUUCAGUGGAGUCGGUAAGAGUGAAGGUAUGAAAUCGGUUGCUAAUAUGGCACUUAAGGAAGAUGAAGAAGGGUCUCCAGAGGAUGAACUUGAUUGGUGCGGGUAGAUGCGAAGGGGGCUGUACCGGAUGAAGAUGAUUCAAGAAAGAAAGUCUAUGGCUACAACAAUUGAGAUAUGGCACAGAAGACUUGGGCAUGCUUCGAAAGGAAAGCUUAGUAAAUUGAAUUUUCUCGAAACUAGUACACUUCAUUUGGGUAAUUUUUGUGAUUCUUGUGCUAGAGCAAAACAUGCCAGACUACCUUUUCCCUCUAGUUUUAUUAAAACC